CAGGGCCCCGAGGGGCGGCGCGUGGCGCAGGCAGGUUCCCGGGCGCGCUCCUCAGCAGAGCCGCGACACUCCCUCCCUCAGUCCCUGCCUCCCUGGCUCCCUCCCGCCCGCCUGGCAGCGAAGAUGGCGCACAGCGGUCGGUGGCGCUUCCCGGCCCGUCCCGGCAGCGGGGGCGGCGGGAGGCGGGCGCUGGGCGGCGGGGGGCGGCUGCGGGUGGCGGCCUGGCGGGGCCCGCGCCCUCCCGCUUCCUCCGGAGGCGGCGGCGGAGGAGUAGGCCCCGCGGCGGGAGAAGGGGGCGGGCCCGCGCCUCAGCCCCAGCCCCUCGGCCUCCCCGGCGGCGCCUGCCUCGCGCCGGGCUUCGACGCCGCGCUCCAAGUCUCCGCCGCCAUCGGCAUCAACCUGCGCCGCUUCCGGGCUGCCUGCGGGGCCGAAGCAGAAGGCGCUGAGGAUGAGCAGUUCCUAGGCUUUGGAUUAGACGAUGCCAAAAGGGCAGAGUCCAAAGGGCAGAGUCCCGCCAAGUCUCCCACAGCCAAGGCCGGCGCACGCAAACCUCGAGGGAGGCCCCGGAGCACCUCGGAUCAAAAUUCUGUUGUGCUGCCAGAGUCGUUGCCUGCAUACCCACCUUUGAGCAAACCAGAGCCCACCUUGAUGGAGAAAGCGAAGAAGGAGCUGAAAGGUGUUGAAAAGCGGCGAGGGAGGCCUCCGGCCCUCAGCAGCGUGAAGUUCAAGCUCUCUGACAAAGAGGGGCUCCCAGAGGCGCUGAAGGGAGGCCAUGAAGAAAAAGAGAACCUGAAGAAAAUCAAGCGGACCCCAUCCGCAGCAUUCCACCACGCGGCGAAAAUCAAGAAGCUGAGGGCAGGCAAACUCUCCCCAUUGAAGUCUCAGUUCAAAGCUGGAAAACUGCAGAUCGGGAGGAAGGGGGUCCAAAUAGUGCGCCGGAGGGGACGGCCGCCCUCCUCAGAGAGAGCCUUGAAAGCCACAACAGUAGCCCUGGAGGUGGGCUCCCAGCUGGAGAAGAGCCAGCGGGCGCGGAAGGAGAAAGAAGGGGCGCUCCCGCUCCCCAAGGACGAGAAGGCUGUCCGUCAGAGCCCCCGCCGCCCGGUGAGGAUCAUCCCCUCCUCCAAGCGGACGGAUGCCGCCAUUGCCAAGCAGCUCCUGCAGCGGGCCAAGAAGGGGGCCCAGAAGAAGAUCGAGAAGGAGGCGGCCAAGCUGCAGGGGCGCAAGGGCCGGACCCAGCUGAAGAACAUUCGGCAGUUCAUCAUGCCGGUGGUGAGUGCCAUCUCCUCGCGCAUCAUCAAGACCCCCAAGCGCUUCAUCGAGGACGAGGACUACGACCCGCCCAUCAAGAUCGCGCGCCUGGAGUCCACGCCAAACAGCCGCUUCAGCGCCACCUCCUGCGAAUCCAGCGAGAAGUCCAGCGGCGCCUCCCAGCACUCCUCCCAGGGCUCCUCGGGCUCCUCCUCACGCUCCAGCAGCCCCAGCGUGGACACCUCCUCCGACUCCCAGGCCUCCGAGGAGGCGCAAGGGGCCCUGUCCGAAGAAGGGGGCCACACUCCGGAAGAGGCCCAGCCCUCGCCGCCUGCCUCCCCUUUGCCGGAAAACGGGAGCGGAGAGAGGAGGCGGCGGCGGAGGCGCAGGAGGAGGUUCUCCCUGGCCGAAGGGGGCUUUGGACCCAAAGCGGCCAAGAAACUGCCCGGCCUCCAAGGCGUGGGGCCCCCUCAACAGCCCCCUCAGCAGCAGCAGCCCCCUCAGCCAUUACCGCCCUCGCAGCCCCCCUCCUCUUCCUCAUCCUCCCCUCCCCCGCCGCUCCUCUCCCCUCCCCCACCCCUCCAGCCCCCGGCCGGCCUCUCAGACCACGCCCCCCCUUGGCUCAUGCCCCCCGCCAUCCCCUUGGCCCCCGCCUUCUUGCCCCCCGGCGCUGCUGCCGCCUCCUGUUCAAUGCAGGAGAAGCGUAAGUCCAUCCUCCGGGAGCCCACCUUCCGCUGGACCUCCCUGAAGCACUCUCGCGCCGAGCCCCAGUACUUCUCCUCAGCCAAGUAUGCCAAAGAAGGCCUCAUCCGCAAGCCCAUCUUCGACAACUUCCGGCCCCCGCCGCUGACCCCUGAGGACGUCGGCUUCGCCUCCGGCUUCUCCGGAGCAGCAGCCCCGGCCCACUUGUUCUCCCCUCUUCAUUCAGGAUCCCGGUUCGACCUGCACAAGAGGAGCCCCCUGCUCCGCGCCCCCCGCUUUACCCCCAGCGAGGCCCAUUCCCGCAUCUUCGAGUCUGUGACCUUGCCUUCCUCCGUAGGCCGUAGUGCCUCUGGCGGUGUGGUGGCUGCCGGCUCUUCAAGGAGGCGGAAGCGGAGGGUCUUCAGCCCCAUUCGGUCCGAACCCAGGUCCCCGUCGCACUCCAUGAGGACGAGGAGCGGGCGGCUCACCACCUCAGAGCUGUCCUCUCUCCCUCCUCCGUCGUCUUCUUCCUCUUUAACCAACAUCUCCGUGGGGUCCCUCGCCACCAGUGCCUUAAACUCCACCUUCGCGUUCCCUUCCCAUUCACUCUCUCAGCCGGGAGAGCAAGUGGAGAAGAGCCAGAGGCCGCGGAAGCAGGCGGGCGCUUCCUCCGAGCCGUUCUCCGGCAGCUCCGCUCCCCUCUUUCCGUGGUUCACCCCAGUUUCCCAGACAGAGAGGGGCAAAAACAAGGACAAAACCAUCAGUGAUCCAUCCAAAGAUAAAGAUGGCGAGCGAGGUCUGGAGAAGGAGAGGAGCCGAGAGAGAGACCGGGAGCGGGAAAAGGAGAACAAGCGGGAGUCCCGGAAAGAGAAGAGGAAGAAGGCCCCGGAGGCCCAGGGCGGCUCGGCUCUGUUCCCGCUGGCGCGUGUGGCCAAAGGAAAGACCACCGCCCACGAAGAAGUGGCUGUCUCCUCUUCUGCGAAGAGGCCUGUGGGACGGAAAAAGGUGGCACCAGCAGCACCUGAUUUGGCAGUGGACACCCCUGCCGUGGUUCUGGUAGACUCUGCUUCUGCCGUGGCCAAGAGCAAAGCGCCCAAGAAGGGCCGAGGGGCCUUAGAGAAGCCCAGCCUGGAUCUCAGCCUUGCUGCUCCCUUGGCGGAGAAGGAGGAGUCCCCGCGCCUCUCCUCCGUCGGCCUCAAGCAUGCCUCCAUCAGCUCCGUGUUGGCCCAUGCAGACAAAAUCCCCGUGACCGACAAGAGGGUGGCCAGCCUCCUGAAGAAAGCCAAAGCCCAGCUGUACAAGAUCGAGAAGAGCAAGUCCCUCAAGCAGGCGGAGCAGCCCAAGGGCCAGGAGAGCGAUUCCUCGGAGGCCUCAGUGCGAGGGCCACGCAUAAAGCACGUCUGCAGGAGGGCGGCUGUCGCGCUGGGACGCAAGCGAGCGGUCUUCCCGGACGACAUGCCCACCCUGAGUGCCUUGCCAUGGGAGGAGCGGGAGAAGAUUCUCUCCUCCAUGGGGAAUGACGACAAGUCCUCCAUUGCUGGUUCCGAAGAUGCCGAGCCCCCGGCACCACCCAUCAAGCCCAUCAAGCCAGUCACCAGGAACAAGGCCCCCCAGGAGCCCCCUGUGAAAAAGGGCAGGCGGUCAAGGCGCUGUGGGCAGUGUCCGGGGUGCCAGGUCCCCGAGGACUGCGGCGUCUGCACAAACUGCCUGGACAAGCCAAAGUUUGGUGGCCGCAACAUAAAGAAGCAAUGCUGCAAGAUGAGGAAGUGUCAGAACCUGCAGUGGAUGCCCUCCAAAGCCUACCUUCAGAAGCAAGCCAAAGCCGCCAAGAGGAAGGAGAAGAGGUCCAAGCCUAACGAGAAGAAGGAGAGCCAGGCAGGGAAGGGCCAGUCGGAGCCUGGGCAGAAAGCGGCCCCCGCUCAGCCCCCGUUACCAAAAGAGGGCCAGACCCCCAGAAGGGCCAGCGACCCGGUGGCCCGGAAGCCCAGCGAGGAGAAGGGCGAGGAGGGGCCGCCACCGACCCUCCCGGACCCCAAGCCGGCCCUGCCUUCCGUCACCAGGAAGUCUGGCAAGCAGGCAGCACCCUCCGCUCCAGCGCCCCCUGUCCCAGCCCUAGCCCCAGGCCCACCGAAGAAGGAAGCCCCCAAAAUCCUUGUCCCUGCGGAGCCCAAGAAGAAGGCAGCCCCACCACAAGACGCAGCUAUAGAGCAAAGCAAACAGAAGAAAAUCACUCCUCGUCCAACUUUGCCGGCAAAACAGAAGCUGAAAGAAAAGGAAAAGCCUCCUCCGCCAACUGCCCGGCCAGAAAGCAGCGUCCCCAGUGCCCUGAGCGCUUUACCAAGCGGCAACAUCUCUAGGCAGAAGCCCCUGGCAGACCGCGUCCACACCAUCCGAGUGGACUUCAAGGAAGACUGUGAGGUUGAGAGCAUUUGGGAAAUGGGCGGCUUGAGCAUCCUGACCUCUGUUCCGAUCACGCCCCGGGUGGUCUGCUUCCUGUGUGCCAGCAGUGGGCACGUGGAGUUUGUGUAUUGCCAGGUGUGUUGUGAGCCCUUCCACAAGUUCUGCCUGGAGGACGGCGAGCGGCCCUUGGAGGACCAGCUGGAGAACUGGUGCUGCCGUCGUUGCAAGUUCUGCCACGUCUGUGGGAGGCAGCACCAGGCCACCAAGCAACUUCUGGAGUGCAACAAGUGCCGAAACAGCUAUCACCCGGAGUGCCUGGGACCAAACUACCCCACAAAGCCCACCAAGAAGAAGAAGGUCUGGAUCUGCACCAAGUGCGUCCGCUGCAAGAGCUGUGGGGCAACGACGCCGGGCAAGGGGUGGGAUGCCCAGUGGUCCCAUGACUUCUCUCUGUGUCAUGACUGUGCCAAACUCUUCGCUAAAGGGAACUUCUGCCCUCUGUGCGACAAAUGCUACGAUGACGACGACUACGAGAGCAAGAUGAUGCAGUGCGGGAAGUGCGACCGCUGGGUCCACUCCAAGUGUGAAAACCUCUCUGACGAGAUGUACGAGCUCCUCUCCAACCUGCCAGAAAGCGUGGCCUACACCUGCAUCAACUGCACGGAGCAGCACCCGGCAGAAUGGCGGCUGGCGCUGGAGAAGGAGUUGCAGCUCUCCCUGAAGCAGAUCUUGGCGGCCCUAUUCAACUCCAGGACAACCAGCCACUUGCUGCGCUACCGACAGGCAGCCAAACCCCCCGACUUGAACCCGGAGACGGAGGAGAGCGUCCCCUCCCGCAGUUCUCCCGAAGGCCCGGAUCCGCCGGUGCUCACCGAGGUCAGCAAGCAGGAGGAGCAGCAGCUUCGGGACCUGGAGAGCAUGAAGAAGAAAAUGGACCAAGGAGGCUACACUUCUGUGCUGGACUUCAGUGAUGACGUGGUCAAGAUCGUUCAAGCCGCCAUCAAUGCGGACGGAGGGCAGCCGGAGCUGAAGAAGGCCAACGGCAUGGUGAAGUCCUUCUUUAUCCGGCAAAUGGAGCGUGUGUUUCCGUGGUUCAGCGUAAAGAAAUCAAGAUUUUGGGAACCCAAUAAAGUUACACCCAACAGUGGGAUGCUGCCGAACGCCGUCUUGCCCCCGUCGCUCGACCACAACUACGCUCAGUGGCAGGAGCGUGAGGAGAACAGCUGUGCCCAGCAGCCUCCCUUGAUGAAGAAGAUCAUUCCUGCCCCGCGGCCCAAGGGGCCUGGAGAGCCGGACUCCCCAACCCCGAUGCCUCCACCAACACCACUGUCCACCAAUCCCGACAGAACCCAGGAGGACGGCCCAGACCUUGCCCCUCCUCCAGAUGUGGAAGACAACCGGCAGUGUGCGCUUUGCUUGAAGUAUGGCGAUGACGGGGGAAACGAUGCCGGGCGGCUCCUCUACGUCGGCCAGAACGAGUGGGCCCACGUGAACUGCGCCCUGUGGUCAGCGGAGGUGUUUGAGGAUGACGGCGGCUCCUUGAAGAACGUGCACAUGGCCCUGAUCCGCGGGAAGCAGCUGAGAUGUGAGUUCUGCCAGAGGCCUGGGGCCACGGUGGGCUGCUGCCUGACCUCCUGCACAAGCAACUACCACUUCAUGUGCUCCCGGGCCAAGAACUGCAUCUUCCUGGAGGACAAGAAAGUGUAUUGCCAACGCCACCGGGACCUGAUCAAAGGGGAGGUGGUGCCAGAGAAUGGCUUUGAGGUCCUGAGAAGAGUCUUUGUGGACUUUGAAGGGAUCAGUUUGAGGCGACGGUUUCUGAAUGGCCUGCAGCCGGAGAACAUCCACAUGAUGAUCGGCUCAAUGACCAUCGACUGCCUCGGGAUCCUGAAUGACCUCUCAGAUUGUGAAGACAAGCUCUUCCCCAUUGGCUACCAGUGCUCCCGGGUGUACUGGAGCACGAUGGAUGCCCGGAAGCGCUGCGUCUACACCUGCAAGAUCAUGGAGUGCCGCCCUGCGGCCCUGGAGCCAGACAUCAACAGCACGGUGGAGCACAGCGACAACAGGACGGUUGCUCACAGCCUGGCCCUUCUUCCGGAAAUCCCAGCCAGGGAGGGCCGGGGGCUGCCGCCCGUCCUGAGAGCCCCCUCCGCCGACCUUCCUCUGCAUCCUCCGCACUGCAAGGCUCUGCGCAUCAGGACACCGGGCUUUCCCCCUGCCCAGAGGUCACCUGGUUCGCGCCCCUUGCCCUCCGCAGGGAGCCCUACUCCUGUGACGCAUGAAAUCGUGACGGUGGGAGACCCACUGCUCUCUUCUGGACUUAAGAGCAUUGGCUCCCGGAGACCCAGUGCCUCUCCGCUGUCUCCCCAGCAACUGAGGUCCUGGGCAGUGCCUCCCAACCGGACAGAAGCCCCCCAUCAUGGCACCAGGCCCAGCGUCUCUUUAGGACCCAGCCUCUCCCCUGCCCCAGAGCAGGAUUCGUUGAGCACCAAGCCUCCGGAGCACCCUCUGGGCCCAGGAGCCCCAGGCCUCUCUGUCCAGAACAGCCCUCCGCCUCCCAUUUCCCCAAAGCAAGCAGCGGGCGGCGGAGACAAAGGCACUCCUCCCUCUGAGGGGACAGGCCUGUCAUCCGAAGCAGCCUCAGCGGGAGGGCCCACCCCUGCCAAGGCGACAGAAAAGGCCAAGCUGCUGGGCCCCAAGGACUUCAUCUCUUCCCCUGGGAAUUCGAAAGCACUUCCUCCAGGACAAAGCCUGUCUGGAGUGGAGGCAAACCCCAGCCAAGCAGGAAAGCUCCCUGAAGCCCCACCAGAGCCCUUUCCUCCCAAGGAGCCAGUGCCCUUUCUGCCUGUGCAACAGAGAGCGCCAAAGAAGGAGCAAGAGCAGCAGGCGGAUCUCCCCCAGGUGGAAAAGAGCUGCUCCCUCCAGGAUCUAGAAGCCAAGGCCUCCAAGCCUCCGGGAGCAGGUCUCCAGCCUCCUUCCAUCAGCGACCCCUUAGCGUCUUCCAUGGGCCGAGAGAGGCGGCAGAAGGCCAGGAGGGGAGCCAAGGAGAGGCAUCCCAGCAAGCCUUUCACGAGUCUCCUCCCGGCCGACAACCAGGAAAGCACAGGGCCCGAGUGUGUUCUCCCUUCUGCCACUCCUGAGCCGGUUCCCCUGAGGCUCUGCAACAGCACUUUGGCUCCAGAGAAGGCACCAGACAACAGUGGGCUGUUGAGCCAGAGGGCACCCAAGGCUCCCUUCCAGGGAGAUGCAGCAGCCCCUUUGAAGGAGAUGCAGGCUUCCCAGAAGCGCACCGUGAAGGUGACCCUGACUCCUCUCAAAAUGGAAGGGGAGAGCAAGAGUGUCCAGAGAGAGAGCGAAGCAGAGCUGCAAAGCAAGGAGAGCAAGCCGGACUCUUCCAGGGCUCAGUCCGGCAACGGCUGCGUUCUUGCAGAAGGCCAGAGCACUGCUGCUACUACUGCUGCUUCUUCGGCCCCCGAGGCCCCCGGAGAGGGCUACCCCAGCCUCCCUGUUCAGGGGAGCGGUUUGAUGAUCCAGGACGGGGCGAAGGCGCAGGAGGACGGGGCUUACAAGCGGAGGUACCCCCGGCGCAGCGCCAGGGCCAGGUCCAACAUGUUUUUUGGGCUGACCCCCUUGUAUGGAGUGAGGUCCUACGGCGAGGAGGACAUCCCCUUCUACAGCAACUCCACAGGCAAGAAGCGUGGGAAGAGGUCGGCCGAAGGGCAAGUGGACGGAGCGGAUGACCUCAGCACGUCCGACGAGGAAGAGCACUACUACUACAACUUCACCCGGACCGUAGUCUCCAGCGGAGAAGAGCACCUGCCCCCACACGGCUUGUUCCGUGAAGAGGAGAACAUCAGCCUCCCUCCUAAGAUCUCCCAGCUGGACGGCGUAGACGACGGGACGGAGAGUGACACCAGCAUCACGGUGACCACCAGGAAGGGCAACCCAGUGACCAAGAGGAGCAGCAGCAAGGAGAACGGAACGGAGAGCCUGAAGGAGAGCAGUGGGGAGAAGGCCCAGGUGACCAAGGGCUCAGCGGGGCACAAAGUGGCCGAGUCCAAGAUGGAGAACUGCCGGGUCAAGGCUCAGAGCCAGGAUCCCUUGGAGGCCCAGCUGAGCUCCCUGGAGGCCGCAGGCCGCCGGACCCGAGCCUCCACAGAGCCCCCAGAGAAGAACCUCCUGGACACCUUCAGCACCGAGCUGCUCAAGUCCGACUCGGACAACAACAACAGCGACGACUGCGGAAACAUCCUCCCUUCGGACAUCAUGGACUUUGUGCUGAAGAACACCCCCUCGAUGCAAGCCCUGGGGGAGAGCCCCGAGUCCUCCUCCUCGGAGCUGCUGACGCUGGGGGACGGCCUGGGCCUGGACAGCAACCGGGGCAAGGACAUGGGCCUCUUCGAGGUCUUCUCUCAGCAGCUGCCCAGUGCCGAGCCAGUGGACAGCAGCGUCUCGUCCUCCAUCUCGGCCGAGGAGCAGUUCGAGCUGCCCUUAGAGCUCCCGUCCGACCUCUCCGUCUUGACAACGCGGAGCCCCACGGUGCCCAGCCAGAACCACAGCCGGCUUGCCACCAUUUCCGAGGCCUCGCUCUCCUCCUCUCGGGAGAGAGCCAUGCUGGCCUUGCCUUCCGCAGAGCCUGCCGAGAAAAGGGUCACCGUCACGGAGAAGUCUGCACCCAGCGAAGGGGAGCCGCCCCUCCUGAGCCCCCAAGUGGACCCCAGCCCUGACGGACCCCUCACCCCGGACACCUUCAUCCAGGGCCACAUGGAGCCAGAGCACAUCACCAGCCCCUCCUGCGGACCCUCGGAGCAAGACCUGGCCAGGAGCAGUGGGACGCCCGGCCUCCAGGUCCCCGUCUCGCCCACCCUCCCACUCCAGGGCGCCAAGUACAGGCCCAGCGCUGUGGAGAGCCCCGGCCCCUCCCAAAUCACCAACGCUGCGGUGCAGACAGCCCCCCUCCACCUCAAGCCCGGCGCUGAGAAGCUCUUGGUGGUGAACCAGAACAUGCAGCCUCUUUAUGUCCUGCAGACAUUGCCCAAUGGCGUCACGCAGAAGAUCCAGCUGACCUCCUCUGUGGGAUCCGCCACGGGAGUGAUGGAAGCCAUGGGGCCAAUGGGAUCGGCUGAGCUGGCGCUGGCCGCGGGGCUGAGCCCCAGCCUGCCCUCCUCCUCCCAGCAGCCCCUCUUCCCUUCCUCCGGCAAAGGGCUGCUGCCCAUGGCCCACCACCAGCACCUGCACCCCUUCUCAGCCGGACCACAGAGCGGAUUCCCCCCGGCCCUGGCCAGCCCCGGGCCCUCCUCGGGCCUCCUGAUUGGCGUCCAGCAGCCGCCGGACCCCGAGGCUGGCCAGAGGGGUGAGCUGGGCCCCUCCCCUUCCCCCGGGACCCCGCCCUCCGCCCUCGGCAAGAAGCGCCCCAUUGCACGGCUGCAGUCGCGGAAGAGCAAGAAGCUGGCCCCGUCCGACAUGGCUCCCUCCGGCAUGGCCCUGGUCAACUUCGCUCCGUCCCAGCUGCCCUCCCAUCCGGGCCUCCUGGACCUGGGGGGAGCGGUCAGCACUUCGUCGUCCCACAGGGCCCUCCCCAACAUCAUCAAGCGCUCCAAGGCCGGAGGGGUGAUGUACUUUGAGCAGCAACCUCUCUUGCCCCCGGGGCCAGCAAUCGGAACGCCAUCCGGCGGGGUUGGGCCCGAAGUGGGCUGCCUUGCCCCUGGCCCAGCCUCCCCUCCCCCUGUGCUGAACGUGGUGCCCAUGCAGCCCCUGUCCGGCCCGGCCACCCCUGGCCACGCGAUGGGGAGGGGCCACGCUAUGCCAGGCACCUCCCCAGACAUGGGGCCCUUGGGAAGCCUCCUCCUCAAAGCUUCCCAGCAGCAAGGCCUGGGCCUCCCCGAGCCCCACCCGGCCCCCCCUCCACCCCCUGUCCCCUCUGGGAUCUUUGCCCCGCUGGCCGAGGGCCCCCCAGCGGCUCAGGGGGCCUCGUCCAGCAUGUGCGUCUUGCCCUCUCCCCAGACUCUGGGCCUGGCCCCUGACGCGGAUGGCCCCUACCAGCCGGGGCCCCCCCUGACCCAGCUCCUUUCUGGCAAAAGUGGGGCCAUGGCGCCCCAGUCAGGAACCCCUCCACUACCCCGCUUUCCUCCGGCAGUGGAUGCCGCAGACUCCUCUUUGGAGCAAAGCAAGCCCUGUGUUUCCUCCGCCACCGCCGUGCGUGCCACUCCCGCUGCUGCUACUCCCGGGGUGCCCCAACCUGCAGAGCAGGGCCCCCCAAGCGCCACGAAGGCCAAGCUCAAAGCCAAGAGGCUCCCGCCCUCCGUGGACAGCAAGGCGUCUGCAAAGAAGCACAAGGCCACUCCGCUCUGGACCAGGUCCCUGGAGAAGGAGGCUCCCCAGCGAGGCACAAGGGGGGCAGCAGCCCAGGAGGCCGGCGGCAGAAUCCCUGCCGCAAAGGUGCAGCCGGAGGAGAAAGAAAGCCUAGACCCCCCGGCCCCGAAGGCGGCAGGACAACCCGCAUCUCUCCCCGAAGCCCACCCGCAUCUCUCCCCGAAGCAGAGCACACCAAGCGAACCAGAGCCGGCAGACCCCAAGGCUCCCGAGGAGGAAGAGGAGGAGGAGGAGGGCACCUUCAGCUCCCCACUCAUGUUCUGGCUGCAGCAGGAGCAGAGGAGAAAGGAAGGCCUUGUGGAGAGGAAGCCCAAGAAGGGGCUGGUCUUUGAGAUCUCCAGCGAUGACGGCUUUCAGAUCUGUGCAGAAAGUAUUGAAGAGGCCUGGAAAUCCUUGACUGACAAAGUCCAGGAGGCGCGGUCCAACGCCCGCUUGAAGCAGCUCUCCUUUGCAGGUGUGAGUGGGCUGCGGAUGUUGGGCCUUCUCCACGAUGCCGUGGUCUUCCUGGUGGAGCAGCUCUACGGCGCCAAGCACUGCCACAACUACAAGUUCCGCUUCCACAAACCGGAGGAGACCAAGGAGCCCCCCGUCAACCCCCAUGGCUCCGCCAGGGCCGAAGUGCACCUCAGGAAGUCUGCCUUUGACAUGUUCAACUUCCUGGCCUCCAAGCACCGCCAGCCGCCCGAGUACCACCCCAACGAGGAGGAGGAGGAGGAGGUGCAGCUGAAGUCUGCCCGGAGGGCCACCAGCAUGGACCUCCCCAUGCCCAUGCGCUUCCGGCACCUGAAGAAGACCUCCAAGGAGGCCGUCGGGGUCUACAGAUCCCCCAUCCACGGCCGAGGCCUGUUCUGCAAGAGGAACAUCGACGCCGGCGAGAUGGUGAUCGAAUACGCCGGCAACGUCAUCCGCUCCAUUCUCACUGACAAGCGGGAGAAGUACUACGACAGCAAGGACAUCGGCUGCUACAUGUUCCGCAUUGACGACGCGGAGGUGGUGGACGCCACCAUGCACGGGAACGCGGCCCGCUUCAUCAACCACUCCUGCGAGCCCAACUGCUUCUCCCGGGUCAUCAACAUCGACGGGCAGAAGCACAUCGUCAUCUUCGCCAUGCGCAAGAUCUUCCGCGGGGAGGAGCUGACCUACGACUACAAGUUCCCCAUCGAGGACGCCAGCAACAAGCUGCCCUGCAACUGCGGUGCCAAGAAGUGCCGCCGGUUCCUCAACUGAGCUUCCUGCCCGAGGGGCCGACCCCCCCCCCCCGCCCUUUGGCUGCAAAGGGAGGGGUGGGCUUUGUGGAAAGGCGGGGUCCUUUCCACUCCUCCAUUGGUUCCUCAGGCCAGAAAAGGGAGAUCGCUGAGGCCAGCCCUGGCCUUGGUUCGGGCAGCUUCCAUGAAUUCAGGGUCUGGGGGGGAGGGAGGGAGGGAGGGGCACUCAGGGGAGGGGGCCAGCCUUCCUUCCUGCUGUCCUGCCGCCAGAGGGGACCCCAGGGCAUCCAUGUUGGAGGCAAAGCCUUCUAGGAAACCACUGCUUCCAAAAUGGAAAGAGGGGUGGCACUGGGGAGGGUGGGGGAUGUGGGUUUGCACUGGGAGGGAGAUAAGCACCCCCCCCCCCCCCCGCUUUGUCCCCAGAGAGGCCGGCCCUGUUCCCGUUCCGAAACGCAGCAGCAGCACAACUUCCUUUCCGCCCCUUUUGAGUUUGCCCCCCCCCCCCCCCCGGUCGCGUCAUUGGAUCUUACCCGGUUCUGUUUACAGCUUGCGUAUUUAAGGUUUUUUGUAAAUGUAAAUAUAUUUUGUAUAUUUUUCUAUGAGAAGCAGCACUUCGUAAGGGAAGAGUACUUAUGGGACUAUUUGUCUUUCCUUUUUUUUUUCUCCCAAUUGUGGCGUCCUCCAAGACCGUCUCCUCCGAAGGGGGGAGGCCUUGGGCAGGGGGGCCUG